AUGCAUGAGGCUGAGAAAACCCUCCCUGCGCCGAAGAUCUCGCGUGGGGGCCAAGAACGUCAAGAUCCUUGUCUGUACGAGUAGAGCCGCAGAACUCAAUGCUUAAUGAUAGCCUCAUCAACCUCGUCUCUCUGAAUCGCAUCAGAUCUCAAGGUGGCUCAAUUGAAUCGCAAAAAUGGUCUGGCCAUUCUCUUCGCCGUCCGAGGAGUCCUCCUCCACCUCUGUACAAAAUACAGACCAAUUACCAACUCAAUCAACCCCAAACCCAGCACCUUCAACCUCAAAAUCACUCACCCGCGACGAACUAGCAGACCAAGAACUAAAUUCCUUCCUACGCGAACUAUCAACCGACACCUCCCCCACGGCACCCAAAUCCAAGAUCUUCACCCGCCAACCACGCUCUCCCACAACCCCCUCUUCCUCUCCCCCUUCCACCUCAGACCCCUCACCCUCGCCCGAAACCCUCCAAUCCCUCCUCCUCCCCCAAACACUCUCCUGCCGAACCGCCUUCACUCUCCCCCUUCCACCUCAGACCCCUCACCCUCGCCCGAAACCCUCCAAUCCCUCCUCCUCCCCCAAACACUCUCCUGCCGAACCGCCUUCGACGAAGCCUUCUACUGCAACUCCUUCGGCGGGAAAUUCACCGAUCUCUACCGCCACGGCGAAUUCCGCGCCUGUUCCGAGAACUGGUCCAAAUUCUGGUUCUGCAUGCGGACACGCACGUUUUCCUCGCCGCAGAAGGAAAAUGAGAUAAGGGAGUUUUAUAGGAAGAGGGAGGAGGGAAAGUAUGGGAGGGGGAGGCCGAGUAGUGAGGAUGUGUGGGAGAGUCGGGAGAGGAGGGUGGAGUGGGGGACUGCGUUUCAGGCUGCGGAGACGGAUAAGGGGGAGGGGAUGGGGAUGGGGAUGGGGGAUGAGGAGUGGAAUGAGAGGGAGAGGGCGAGGAGGAGGGCUGUUGUUGAGGGGAGGUCGUGA